GUUCAACAGGCGACGCACGACUGACUUCGGCACCUUUCGCCGUUUUUCCCAAGGGGGAUCACUCGCAGCAGCAUUUCUUGUCUUGCUCGAGCAAGCUCCAGGUCGUCGUCGCAGCCCUGCGUUCGGGGAAUGCGUGCCCGGCGCCUCUUCGGCUCGGCGGCCGUGCCGAUUUGUGGCGUCGCCGCUGUCCAACACUCUGGCCAGCAGCGUCGAUCGAGGACGGCCCUCGCGCAGUUCUCCUGCCGCCCGUGCACCUGUGCCGGGACCCCCUGGGUGCCCCGCCUGCCCGACAAGGGCGGUCGCACGCUCGAGGUGCUGCUUGUGCGCCACGGGGAGAGCACGAACAACGUCGCCAUGUCCCGCGUCGCGGAGGCAGCCUCGUCGAAGGCCGAGUUCGAGGCGGCUUGGCUAUCCCAGCGGGUCGAUGACCCGGGCCUGACCGAGCUGGGCGCCAGGCAGGCCGAGGUCUUUGCGGAGGCGUACGGGCCCGAUCUGCGUGCGCGAGGCUGCGUGGUCUACUGCUCGCCGCUCCUCCGCACGCUGCAGACCGCGGCGGCGCUUGCCGAGCGCGUGCAGUGCGAGGUGAGAGUCCGCCCGGACCUCUUCGAGAUCGGAGGGGUCUACACCAUCAGUGCUGGCGGGGUGCGCGGCGGCCCCGGACGGAGCCUCACCAGCGGCGAGAUAGCCGAGCGGUUCCCGAGCUACAACGUCUCGGCGCUGCCCCCGGCGGGGCCGUGGUACCAAGCGGGCUGGGAAACGGACGCCAGGGGCCGAGCGCGUUGUGCCGAUGUCGCCGCCUGGCUCCGGCGCGAGGAGACUCGCUCGCAGCUCGACGGUCGUGUGCUCGUGAUUGUGUGCCACGGCCAUUUUAUCGACCUCCUGGUCAAGGCGCUCCUCGGCUUGCCCGAUGAUGCCACGCAGGACGAGCCCAACACGAACAACAUUUUCCGCCGCGACGUCUUCUUCCACUCGCCCAACACUUCGACGACGCGGCUAACCAUCGCUGACGACGGCCGCGUGCAGCUGCACAGCUUCGGGGACAUCGGACAUUUGCGUGUCCACGGCGCUUCGUCCUCUGUCCAGGUCGCGGGGUGAAGGAGACGUGGAGGGGCAAUUCGCCAUUCCCCCCGCCGUCGGCACGCAUGCUCCAGCAGAAGCCGAGAUGUUGCAAACAAUGUCAGGCGCAGGCUCGGACGUGCUGUUGUUCCGAUGCCCCUUCCGUUUGAGAGUUCCCCUCUGCCAGUACACCCCAUUCUGCCGAUCUGUCAGGAGGCGCACUGGCCGUUCGAAGACCGCAGGUAUUUGGUGGUCUGCGGCACCUCCCGCCACUCUGCAAGUGGUGUAGGUCA